GGGUGCUGAUGGCUGACAGCACUGUCACGCACUGAAGGCCACUCAACUGACACCGGGAAAUGGACACGACGGUGGGUCUCUGUCUUGUGUAUUUUACCGCAAUUUACGAAAACCAGACGGCCGCCGGCUGGCCGCCUCCGCCUGGCCUCCCGGGAUCACGCUGGGGUGAGGACUCGCAGAGCGGCUCCCGGAGCGUCACCUGUGCCCGCCUCGGGGUUCUUCGGAGCCACAGGCAAAGGAACACCUUCUCCUGGACGCUCAGCCCCGGCACCUCCUGUCCCAGUCCCCCAUCCCUGGAACCGCCUGCUGACGGAUACUGAAUGGAUUCGCCCUGCACAGAGGGCUCAUGGGAAACCUGGCCACGUGGGCGUUAACCGCAGUGGGGCGUGUCCUGGUUUGCUUCCGGCCGUGCCGUGUGGCAGGGCUGGCAUGCAUGUGCGAUUGAGAAACCAACCAUUUUCUCUCUUGUCUCCCAAGAAGCACCGAGCUCGGCCGGAGCGCCGGAUGGCCGGCUCGACCAACCGCUGGCGCCUCCCCAGUGAGCCCUUCUCCCGGGACCUGCUGGCGCUGUCCCAGAUGUGCAAGGCCAUGUGCUUGGACGUGGACGACGCGCUGCAGGCCCCGGCCCCGGACAGGUUGUGCACCCCCAGAAUUCAGACAAAAUGCCGUGGGCCUUGGAAGAAGGCUGUGCCGGCCGGGGAUGGAGUCGUGACUCUGCAGUGCCUGGGCUUCCAGUGGGAGCUGCACCUGCCCCAGCUCUUCCAGUCCGAGACCUUGACCAAGCUCUACGUCUCCGCCCUGAGCGAGGCCCCCGCCAGCCACGUGAGUCACCUGGCGCGGCUUCUGCCAGGGCCGCCGCCCCGGAAGGCCCGGGAGAGGCCCGCCAUGAAGAGGCUCACCAUCUCGCUGAGGAUCAACGACCCCAUGGUCACCAAGAUCGCCUUCGCCACGGCCCUGAAGAACCUGUACACGAGCCAGAUGGACCUGAGCCUGGAUGAGGUGCUGGGGGUGCUGGCCUCCGCGCACGCCCUCCAGUUCAACAACCUGUUUCAGAGGUGCGUGGCCAUCAUGGUCCAGGGGCUCUCGCCAAGCAACGUCGCCAACUUCUACCAGGCGGGCUGCAAGUACAAGGAGGAGCCGCUCAGCGCCUCCUGUGAGCAGUGGAUGGAGAUGAACUUGGUCCCUGAGGUGGGGAGGCAGAUCCACCUCCAGAAGAUCCCCAAGGAGCUGCUGCUCAAGGUGCUGCAGUCCCCCAGAUUGUUCGUUUUCAGCGAGUUCCACCUUCUGAAGACGCUGCUUCUGUGGGUCUACCUGCAGGUGACCCCGCGGCUGCUGGUGCUGCCCACCCAUGAGGCCGUGAUGACUUUCUUCAGCAGCUUCCCCAAGAAGACCUGCUUCCUGGACCAGGACAUGGAGCACGGCUUCACGGAGCUCUUCUGCUGCCUGCGUCUGCACGGCAUCAUCAGAGGCCAGGACCUGGACGUGCUGAGGCACCUUAACUUCUUCCCCGAGUCCUGGCUGAUCCGGGUCACCGCCAACCAUUACCACGCGAUGGAGUGCGGGGGCGACAUGGCUUUCGCGAAAGAUCUCAACCACCAGGCGGUGAGGUUCGGGCUGCUCUUCUAUAAGGAGUACACGUCGUAUUCGGAAAUGAUUGCCAUAUACGGGUUCUUCUUUUCCAUGAGGGGCAUCCGAAACAGCAGCACCUCCUACAGCUUCUACAUGCAGAGAAUCAGGCCGACGGACGUGGGGUUCCCCUCCGAGGUCUGCGAGCACAGCCUGGUCAGCCUGCAGCCCCAGCGCCUGGUCAGGUACGAGAUCAGGGCGCAUGCGUGGGUGGAUGGCCAAUGGCAGGAUUUCGGGACCAAGCCCAUCAUGCAGAAGUUCCAGUUCGUCAGGCCAACCUGCAAGAGCCAAGUCUUGCAAAUCCAAACUGUGGGCAGCCCGAUCUACGUCAUCUUCUCAUUCAUCUUCCCAGCAUCUUGACAGCUUCCGGAAGAAUCUACGGAGUGUUUUCUCUCCCACGGCUCUGCAUAAAGGAGAAUAAAGUGAUGUUGAAGGGACUACCCAGGUGUCAGCUGGCUUUGCCGGGAGCAAUGGUCUCGGUGGAGCUGGCGCCGUCGUCUCCGUGUGCUCUUGGCUGAGCUGCGGGCGGCGUGUGACCGUGUAAACAGCAGGCAUGUGUUACCUCCCGGCCUGGGGUCUGGAGGUCCCAGGUCCGAUGCUGGCAGGCGCGGCGUGGUGUCUGGGGGGUCCCCUCCGGCUCAUGCACGGCCAGCUCCUCCCUGGUCCUCAUGUGGCCGACCGGGCGGGGCGGCGUGCUGAGGCCCCUUUAUAAGGGCGCUAACCCCGUUUGUGAGGGCUCCACCGUGUGAGCUAACACCUCCCCAAGGCCCGUCCCUGCUGCCAUCACUUUGGGGGUUAGGUUUCACCAUGUGGAUUCUGGGGGCACGUUCAGACCACAGCGCCCACCUUUGUGUUGUCCUGCGGGUGGAAAGCAGGGGAGACGUGAGUCCAUUUGCCAUCCCUGACCCCCUAAGGCCCCUGGAGCCCAGCCCGACUUCGCAUUCUGGGGGCUCUUUGAUGGGAUCCCCAACAGAAACACCCCCUCCCGCUGGGGACGCCACCUCCCUGGCUGUGGCCCCCGCAGUGUGGGCCUGGCAGGAGCCAGAGGCAGGAAGGGAAGGAAGCAGCUAUGAGGUGCGGAGUGGCCGACUCGCUGACCAUUCCGCCACUUUAUUUUUUAAUUUGUUUUUAAAUAUUUGUAAUUGAUUCCAGAGAGGAAGGGAGAGAGAGAGACAUCCGUGAUGAGAGAGAAUCAUGGACCGGCUGCCUCCUGCAGGCCCUGCACUGGGGAUGGAGCCCACGAUCCGGGCCUGUGCCCCGACCGGGAAUCGAACCCUGACCUCCUGGUUCCUAGGCCGACGCUCAGCCAC